AUGAGUGCAACCAAGACCAGCAACGCCAACAACAAGAGCAACACGCCAUCGACCGGACGCCAGCCGUCGAUGCGGGAGCCGAUCGAGUUUACUUGGAAGGAGGCGAGCGCGCUCGCGGCGCUUGGCGUCGUGGGCUUUGGCGUUUGGCUCGGGACAUGCCGCUUCCACGUGUGCCCGCCCAACCGGUACCUCGUGCGCACGGGUCUCGGCAUCAAGGACAUGGCGGUGAGCCGCAUGGGCCUCCAGUGGCCGUUCCAGGAGGCCAUCACCGUGCCCAUGAACCCAUCGAGCUUCCGCUUCAACCUCGCGUGUCUCUCCAAGCAGUACCUUCCGUUCGAGAUGCCGGUCGCCUACACGGUCGCGCCCGCCAACCCGAUCGAAGACCCUUCUGGCUUCAAGCGCUACGUGGAGCGCAUGCAACAGCUGCCGCCCGACGAGUUUGAAGAGACGCUGCUUGGCAUCAUCCACGGCGAGACGCGCGUGCAAGCAGCACUCAUGGACAUUGAUGCGAUCAACGACGACCGCGAGGCGUUCCGAACCAACGUCGUGGCGCUCGUCCAGCGCCAGCUCAACCAACUCGGCCUCGAGAUCAUCAACGCCAACAUCGCCGAGCUGCGCGAAGCCAAGCGCGCGAACGGCCAGAUGGGCUACCUCGAGGCCCGCGAGCGCAAGAAGCUCGCAAACACGCUCCAGGACGCCGAGAUUGACGUGGCGGACGCCAACAAGCGCGGCGACAUCGAGCAAAAGAUCCGCCAGCGCGACACGCGCAUCGCCGUCGCCAACAUGGAGAAGGAGGCGCAGAUCACCGAGAACGAGCAGCAGGCCGCGAUCGCCAACUCCAAGGCGACACUCGCGAUCAUCGAAGGCGAAGCGUCGCGCAAGAUCGAGGUCGCCAAAAUCGAGGCCGAGCAAAUGGCCGAGGUGCGCCUCCAGCAGCUCCGUUUGAACGUCGAGCAGCUGCGCCAGGAGCAGCUCCUCGUCGCCAAGAAGGCCGACAUCCUCACGUCGGCGCAGGUCGAAGCCGACGCGCUGCGUGAACAGGCCAAUGCGCGUUUGUAUGCGGCCGAGCGUGACGCUGAGGCCGCUCUCGCAAUGAUGGAAGCCGAAGGCCGCGGCCUCAAGGCCAAGAUGAUCAUGGAGAGCGAGGGCCUAGCCGCAAUCGUGGCCGCUGCGGGCCAUGAUGCCGACCUGGCCAAGCAAUACCUCUACAUUCGCGCCGAAGUGCCACAGCAACUCGCCGAAUCGCAGGCCAAGGCGCUACAGGGCCUCCAGCCCAAGGUCUGGGCCUUCAACAACGGCAGCGACGCGUCGGCGCCGUCGAUGGUCAACGACUUUCUCAAGGGCUUUGGGCCGGCCAUGGACAUCCUCCAAGAGAGCGGGAUCGUUGGAAACAAGCGUACGAGCGCGCUGGAAGUCGAUGCGAUCACGGCCAAGUUUGCGCCCAAGUAG